AUGGACACAAGUAAACAAGAAUCCUUGAACCAACUCCUCCAAUGGUCCAUCGAGAACUCCGACGCCUCCCGCAACGACCCAACCGUCCAACCCACCGAUCAACAACGCGACCCCAAUCAAGGCCUCAACCCCUCCGCCCUCGCCGAACUCCUCGGCGGCCCCAGCGAUGCAGACCGCAUGCGCGAAGCCAUGACCGCAAUAAUAGCGCCUUUCUCCGAAGUCGACCUCGAGAACAAAAUGGUCGCGUGGGACAACCUGGAACAACUCAUCGAACAAAUCGACAACGCGAACAACAUGGAGAGCCUAGGCAUGUGGGCACCGCUCACCGCGCAACUGGACAGCGAGGAGCCCGAGAUGCGGAGGAUGGCGGCUUGGUGCUGUAGUACCGCCGUACAGAAUAAUGUCAAGAGUCAGGAGAUGAUGCUGAGGACGAACACAAUACCGAAGCUGGCGAAGCUGGCGCUUGAGGAUGGGAAUCAGGCGGUGCGGAAGAAGGCGGUUAGUGCGUUGAGUAGUGAGGUGAGGAAUUUCCAGCCCGGCAUGGAUGAGUUGGAGAAGAACUUGCCGGAGGGGUUCGUGAUGGUGAGGAGGGUGGAUGCGGCGGAUAUGGAGGCGGUGGAUGGGGUGAUACAGAAGUUGAGGGAUCAGGCUACGAGGGGUUGA